ACAUUUAAAGUUUUCACGAAGGAAGGAGCUGUCUGUUUUAAGCUCGCUACAGUUUUCAAACUAAUGUCUUGGACUUUGACGAAGAGCAGCUCCCCCACAUUUCAACUCUGACCUCGAAGAUUUGCAGAGUGAGUGAGUGAGGGAGAGAGAAAGAAGCAGAGGGAGGUGGUUUAAAGUUUUCUGAUUCCAGUCAGGCAGUGGGGGGUACUUUAUUUGAGAGACAGCCUGGGCAACAUAGGAUCUAGUCUUCACAUCUGAUCUCCUCCAAAGGAAACGUGAGGUGGCUAAAGAGAAGAGAAGAGAUGAAAACAAUCUUCUGCAUCCCCAGAAAAGUCAGCUGCACGAAUAGAAGUCAGAGCAGUGCAGAGUAGUACAAAAGGAGGAGAAGAUAACGGGAGAAGGGAAUCAAGGAAGAAGGAGCGAGAUCCCAGAGUCAAGCUGCAGCCAGUCAGAGCCAGUGGAAUGGACCCAGGUGCCACUUGGAACAACCCCAGCGUACCCGAGGUGCUGUCUGAGGAGGAGGGCUGAGAAUCUGCUGCAACGACAACCAACACCUGAAGGAGGAUGAAUGGAGAUGUUCUUUAGCUAAGCCUAAACGACAACACUCUCGCCAAUUCCACCUCUGAGUGAGACAGGACAACUCUUGCUAACAGCUGGAGGAGCAGGAGGAGGUGGUGGUGGUGGUGGUGGUGGAGGAGGAGGAGGUGGAGAGGAGCCAGGGUGCUGAGAGCACUGCUGGUGCCGAGGAACAGGGGUCUGAGGAGGAACAACAGGGAGGAGGAGAAGUGGCGGGCAUUGGGCGCCGCAUGGCCGUGCAGAGGCUGGUUGCGGCAGCGGUGGCAGUGGCCCUGCUGUCCCUGGUCUUAAACAAUGUUGCAGCCUUCACUCCCAGCUGGGUACUGCAGGCGCUGGAGGAUGGACGCAAGAGGAGCGUGGGACUAUGGAGGAUGUGCCCAGUUGGUGGAGCAGCUGAUUACCAGGCUGGGAGAAGGGCGCAGGGGACACAGAAGCAGUGUGAGGACCUGGGAUGGGGCUCCGAGUAUGCAGGAUACCAAGAAUCCCGCAGCACUGUCAAAUUGCAGUUUGACAUGAUGCGAGCAUGUAACCUGAUGGCCACGGUGGCCCUGACUGCCGGUCAGCUGAUCUUCCUUCUGGGCCUGAUGGGGCUGCCCUUCAUCACACAGGAAUCCCAGUGGUGGGAGGAGGCCAUUGCUGCACUCUUCCAGCUAGCCAGUUUUGUUCUGGUGAUUGGACUUGUGACCUUCUACAGAAUCGGGCCCUACACGCAGCUCUCCUACUCCUGCUACUUGGACAUAGCUGCCUGCCUGCUAGCCACGUUAGCUGCAGCCAUGCUUAUCUGGAAUAUUUUACACCGCCGUGAUGACUGCCUCCCACCUGGGGUUAUAAUCAUCAGUCGCUCACUGACUUCGCCUUUCCACCCACGAUUAGACAAUGACUAUGUGGAGUCUCCAUGUUGACUUCACAGGAAAAUGAAGAGUAUCAGACAUCAUGUGACUGUUGAUUAAAAGGACAUUCCUUGAUGCUCAACAGUUGGAGGGCUAACAUGGACCUGCAACUGUAAAACUCUACAUUUCACAACUUGAUCCACUGUAAACCAGCUAUAAAAUUAUUUUGCUGCUUGGUGCACAAUUUAAAUAGAUUCUUUGUAUAAAGCAGCCCUUAAAACACACACAUACUCAAAACUGUAUGAUGUUUUAUUUACUCAUGUUUGGGUGAGAUGACUGCUAUCUAAAUAUUGAAGAUGGACUGAGCCUGUCCAUGAAACACACCUUGAAUGAAAAGAUCAAGCUGGAACUUGACCUAUCUUGCUGAAUGUGCACUUAUUAAAUUUCCUCCUGCAGAAUUACAAAUUGGAAAUUAUAAAAUGUUUCAAAUGCAAUACCAGAAUACCUCACAAUUUAAUACAUGUUAGUGUUAAAGACAUAUGCAACAAGUAAGAAGGUAAACUAUCGAGGGGAAAGUGAAGGCGUUACAUUUUCAGGACUUAUGUACCAAGAUCAGGGACAAAAUUUAAAAGUGCCAUUAAGAGGUGAUAUUUUGAGAAAAUAUUGAUGUGGUAAUAAAUACAUAAAAAUAAAAUGGCCUGCCAAUUCAUACAGUUGAUUCUCUGUUUAAUUUGAAGGUGACAAAUAUUUCACCGAUGUAGUGCAUUUUGAAUUGACCUUCACAUUUCAAUAUUUACGUUCACCGUUAACGACGCUCUCUAUGGGGAACUCUGCUUGCUUUUGGUACAAAAUGUAUACUUAAAUUAAUAUUUUUAUAAAGAAAAGUAGUAUUAUUGGUAGUAGUAUUAUUAUGACCAUAUCAUAUUAUGUAAAAAGCUCUGUGCUAUUUGUGGUUGUUCCACACUGCCAAACAUAGGGGCAUAAUAAAAAGAGAAUAAUAAUAUGUCAUAUAAAUUCAAUAAAUGUUUUAUUGAGCAAAUA